AUGGCCAAGAGCGGUCGAGCCAGUGUCAUUAAGCGCAACAGAGCCAAUCUGCGAGCUACUGUCUUCGGGCCUGCUGUUGAUGCAAGAACCGAGAGACUCUCAGCAAAGCUGCAGGAACUCGCUGCUCAGCCGAAACCAACUGAAGGCAACUCCAAAAUGGAAAUGGAUUCAACAAGAUCUGAUAUGGACAUCGACCAGAAACCACGUGAUACUCACGGUCGUUCGAAAAAGUCAGGACGCAUCCAGAAGAAUAAGAAAAACCGCUCAUCUAUUGUUUUUCGUCCCCAUCCUUCGAAGGCCAAGAGAAUGUCUAGGAAGAAAUAA